AUGAACAAGCACCCCGAGCUCUCACAAACCGUAGCUACGUCUGUGGUCUCCACCAAAGACCACGACCUGCACCGACAACGUCGGGGUUACAUUGCCAACAUGUUCUCCAAGAAGUCUAUCUCGGAUCUCGAGAAUGUUGUCCAGUCAAAAGUCGAUAAGCUGGUCAUGCUGAUGAAACAGGCCUAUCGUACAGAAGAGACACUCAUCGGACAUCUCAUGUUUGGCAGCCUCGCGGUUGACAUCAUCUCGCACUACGCGUACGGAGAGAGUUUCGGCGACCUCGAUAAGCCUGGAUUACCGUGUGAGCUCCAGCGAGACGUCAAAGGCGUAGCGUUGACGUUAAACCUGCGCAAAUUCUUCCCGGCCAUGGAUGCGGUUCUGAUGCGUAUUCCGGCCUGGUUGAUCACCCGUAUUAACCCGUCUAUCAUCAGCUGGUUGGACUUUGAUAACCGAAUCACGAGAUACUCCAUCGAAGCGCUGAAGAAGAGCCAAGAAGGAGUGGAGCCAGCCAAGCCUAGGACAAUAUUCGAUGCGCUACUCAGCUCUAAAGUCCCUGAAGAAGAGAAGACGCUGCAACGGUUGAAGGAUGAGGGCACGCUUAUCUUGUUCGCUGGUGUGGAUACUACAGCUCGAUUUCUGACUUGUGCGAUGUGCUACUUGCUCACGUAUCCCGGGAUAUUGGCGAAGCUGCGAGCGGAGCUUGAGUCCCACUCUACGUCGACUUUGACUGAGCUCGAGGCUCUGCCGUAUCUGGUAAGUCGAUCGCCACACUCGGUCGUACCGCCUAACACGGACUAG